GCGAAAAUAUGAUGUUGAAAAUUGAAAGGGUAGAGUAGAGGUGCUUGGUUUGGAAAAAAUAAUAAUAAUUGAACAAGUGCAUAAUGAGUAUAGAUUAUAAUAAUGUUAAUUUAGGGAACACGUUGGAGGCCUUUGUUCUUAUCUUUGUGUGUUGUGAUGCGGUGUGCUUGAAAAAGUCAGGGUUUCAUACCCACCUUCCUAGUUCCUCCCAAAACAUAAGUGAUAGGUGAUAGGUGAUAGGUGAUAGGUGAUAGUUGUCUCUACAAAACUGAAAAGAUCCUGUCUGAGAGCGCAAAGGGGUUGAAAGUUGAAAGCAUGAAGAAGGGGAAGCAGAGCAAGCUGGUUCAGAUCAUAACGACGCCGUUUAGAGUGUUGGGGAAAGCGAGGGACAUGUACGUGAGGAGCAUAACGAAGUGCGGUCACAACAUGAACUAUAGCAACCCCGUCGACGCGGCGGGGCGGUUCCAGGCUUUGCCAAGAAGCUACAGCGCUGCCACGUCACGCUCUGACAACGACGAUUUCGCCGAGCUUUUGAGGGCCGCCUCCGCCAGGACUUUGGUCAACACAAUCGAUAUGGAUUUGGUUCUCAAGCAGCAGCAGCAGCAGCAGCAGCAGCAGGCCCAGGCCCAGGCCCAGCCCCGCCCCGUUUCUUCCAAUGGGUUGCCCAAGUCCACCAGCGUUGGCAUGGGCCGGAUCGACGAGGACUCGCCCUUUGAUUUGGGCCAAGGGGAGCUUCCCGCCCUGCCCAAAGCCUACCCCAGAAGUAGAAGCUACGCUGUUGGAAAGACAAGUGCUGUUUUGGUUUAGCUUUCUAUGGAUACAUAAUUGCUUAAUACAUACAUUCUGGUAAUUUCAAAUAUAUAUCUUGUCAUUUUGUUUUUCUGUAAAGUUUUUUUUAUCCCUUUUUAUUAAUAAUCUUAUGCUGUAAAAGUAAAAUACUUAUCGGCUUUUCACUGAUUCAUCUCAAGAGUCCAGAGCUAUUUGUCCCUC